UCGACAUGUCAUUCAGAGGAAUCCGCCACCUGAAACGCGAGGAAGUGAAGGCGACUCAAUUCGGUAUAAAGCAUCAACCACAUCUGCCUCGAGCUUUGAAAACAUCAGUUCGGAGCUCUGGUAGACGUUUGCUGUAUUUUCUCGAGGAAUUAGUAUUGUUCACGUAGGAAGUGCCGUCUGUAAUAUACCCAUUCAAUUUGAAUGACCUAUCUAACAUUAUACUGGAAUUAAGUAAUAUUGACAGACCUUCUUGCGCACCUGUUACCUUAACGGAGCGCAAGACAAUGAUACCACCGGGAGACUGCAUGUAUGCGGGCAGGAAAAGAAGGAAGCCCGUUCAAAAACAGAAACCUGCCACGGUGAGUGAGAAGUCCAACCCGUCAAAGAGGCACCGGGACCGCCUGAAUGCGGAGCUGGACCGGCUGGCCAGCAUGCUGCCCUUUUCCCCAGACAUCAUCUCCAAGCUGGAUAAACUGUCUGUGCUGCGUCUCAGUGUCAGCUACCUCCGGGUCAAGAGCUUCUUCACAGUGACUCAUGAGAAGCCGUCCAACAGAAAACAUAUCAGUCCAUCCACCAACCCCCUCCCCGAGCCCAGAAAAGACAGCCUGCCUAUGGCUAUGGGCAACAGCAUAACAGAGAGUGGGCUCCUUCUGGAGUCCCUGACUGGCUUUGCGCUGGUGGUGAGCAGCGAUGGAAUGGUCUUCUAUGCCUCCUCCACCAUCGUCGACUACUUGGGCUUCCAUCAGACGGACGUGAUGCACCAGAACGUCUUUGAUUAUAUCCAUGUAGAUGACCGGCAGGAGUUCAGAAGACAACUUCACUGGGCCAUGAACCCCAGCCAGCACGGCUCAUCCCAGGACCACUAUUCAGCCACGGAAACUGGAGAAGACUUUGUGGUGAGCAGCCUGUUCCAUUCUCAGGAGGCGGGGGGAGUUGCUCCUGAGUUCUCUUCCUUCCUCAACCGCUGUUUCAUCUCCCGUGUACGCUGCCUGCUGGACAGCACCUCUGGCUUUUUGACCAUGCAGUUCCAGGGGCGGCUGAAGUUCCUCCAGGGACAGAAGAAGAAGUCGGGUUCGGGGGCCCUGCUACCCCCGCAGCUGGCCCUGUUCUGUGUGGCUGUGCCUCUUCUGCUGCCCUCCAUCACAGAGAUGAAGAUGAAGGGCAUGAUGAUGAGGGGCAAGCAGAAGAGCGGAGGGGGCAUCAUCCCUGUACUAGAUCAUGGUGAGCGAGAGGAGCACUUCAGGAGGCACGCUGGCAGUGUGGCGAUGGUAGAUGGCGGGGACCCGCUGCUCCUCAACUGCACCAGCCCUGGGGGGUCCCAGCAGCGCCUCAAGUACAAGUCGGAGGGGGGCUACUACGGCCAGGACGAGCCCCUCAACUACUGCAAGACCUCUAUGGGCGGCGUCCCCCAUCACAAAGGCCCAGGCCCGGACUCCCCGUGGCCCAUGCGGCCUGCCUCAGGGACCGUCCGGGCUGGACAGAGUGGCGGCUACGUCCCCUCGAAUCGACUCGGGAAGGCGGGCCACUAUGGUAAGCCCUACCGCAUGUCCCCCAGCAUGUGUCAUGGAGGAGGGCGAGGUGUUGAGGUCUACGUGCCCAAGAUGUACGGGAGCCUCCAGACCCCCGACGGCUCGGACCCCUACUGCUUGGGAGAGGCGGUGAAGAGCGAGAAUGGCUACGGCGAGUGCUACGAUGGCCGCCUGCUGCCUGAGAUGCCCAUCAAGGUGGAGCAGGACUCUGACUCGGAGAACGGCUGUGACGCCUAUGGCCGUCCGUGGACGUGCCGGGAGCCCGUGGACCGUCGCUACGGCAACGGCUACGGCGACAACAACAGCCUUCAGAUGAAGUCAGAGGCGGACUACUACGAGCAGUACUCGCCAUGCCAGCGGGGCAAGGCGGGUAUCAGCCCCAUCAGCCCACCCUACAACAACGGCCACUUCCACAACUAUAAUAAUGUGGGGGGCGGCAGGCCCUUGAAGAGUGUGAUUAACAAGGACCUGUCCCAGUUCAGUCCCCAGAGGCUGUCCCACUCAGACCCCCUCUGUAGCAGCCAGAGCAUCAACUGCAUGGACGUAUAUGCAAGCGGCCCUGUGGAGCACAACAAGGGCUACAUGCAGCAGGACUACAAGCAGGGCUACGAGUUCAAAGGUCACGGACUGCUCCAUGCCAUAAAGCGGGAACCCAUGGACUCACCCCCGUGGUCGGACGGCAGCAGCAACGACAUGAGUCACGCCAUGGGGCACUCUCAGAGGAACGUUAUGCCACACUGUGUGAUGAACGCUGGGCAGCACAAAGCCAACCCCUAUGUUUAUAUGCAAUAGACAUACAUCCAUCCCACACUUCCUCAUUCACCAGCAUAAUACAUUGGCAGAAGACAUUCAGGAUAUGGCUCAGGUUUAAAGACUAAGUGUUGAGACAAUCAAAGAAAGGUAUGGGGGGGAUCCUGCCCCUGGAUUUUGUUUUGAUGAAUGGAAGAAAUUGUAGUUAUUAUCCGAAGCACUUUUGAUGUAGUGAUGCAAAUUUUCUAGUCACAUUUCUGUUUGUGUUUUGUGUUGUCUCCACCUGACUUCUCUGGUAGGCUGUUUAAAAAUGUGAUGGUAAACUGUAUAAAAUGUACACAUUCGUGAUGGGUGAUACAGGAUUAUGUUACAGUGAGUGUAUGUAAAUAUUUGUCCUCAAGAAAUUAUUUCCUGUCUAGAAGGUUUACCCAAAGAGGGUUGUGCAUGCUCUUUUUAGUCAGGUUUUGUAAAUCAAUUGAAGGAUCAUUUGAAUAUGGUACGCAUCAGUCUGAAUACACUAUAUAUACACAAAAGUAUGUGGACACCCCUUCGAAUUUGUGGAUUCGGCUAUUUCAGCCACACCCGUUGCUGACAGGUGUAUAAAAUCGAGCACACAGCCAUGCAAUCUCCAUAGACAAACUUUGGCAGUAGAAUGGCCGUACUGAAGGGCUCCGUGACUUUCAAUGUUGCACCGUCAUAGGGUGCCACCUUUCUAAUAAGUCAGUUCGUCCAAUUUCUGCCCUGCUAGAGAAACUUCAUAACAACAGCACUUACAGUUGAUCAGAGCAGCUCUAGCAGGGCAGAAUUUGACGAGGAAGAGAAGUAGGGAGAUAAUGGUCAUAUAUUAGAUCUCAAAUCAAACCAUUUUUGCAGCCCCAACUGUUUUAGGUCAGAGUUGUAAUGACAUCUGAUUACUUCUACAGAUGAUUCCUCCUGUUCAUUACAGUACAAAGAAUUGGGUUUAUUUUAUUUAUGUUCAUUCAACCUUUAUUUCGACAGGGAGUCUAGCGAAAUGUUAAGCCACACAAGCUCACAGAACGGGACCACCAGGUGCUGAAGUGGGUAGAGCGUAAAAAUCGUCUGUCCUCGGUUGCAACACCCACUACCGAGUUCCAAACUGCCUCUGGAAGCAACGUCAGCACAAGAACUGUUCAUGGCCGAGCAGCUGCACACAAGCCUAGGAUCACCAUGUGCAAUGCCAAGUGUUAGCUGGAGUGGUGUAAAGCUCGCCGCCAUUGGACUCUGGAGCAGUGGAAAUGCCUUAUCUGGAGUUUUGAAUCACGCUUUACCAUCUAGCAGUCCGGAGGACGAAUCUGUGUUUGGCAGAUGCCAGGAUAACGCUACCUGCCCCAAUGCAUACUUCCAACUGUAAUGUUUGGUGGAGGAGGAAGAAUGGUCUGUGGCUGGUCUGUGUUUUGGUCUGUGUUUUUCAUGGUUUGGACUAGUCCCCUUACUUCCAGUGAAGGGAAAUCUUAACGCUUUAGCAUACAAUGACAUCCUAAACGAUUCUGUGCUUCCAACUUUGUGGAAACAGUUUGGGCAUGGCUGGUUUCAGCAUGAUAAUGCCCCCAUUCACAAAGCGAGGUCCAUACAGAAAUGGUUUGUCGAGAUCGGUGUGGAAGAACUUGCCUGCACAAAGCCCUAACCUCAACCCCAUUGAACACCUUUGGGAUGAAUUGUAACACUGCCUGUGAGCCAGGCCUAAUCGCCAACCAUCAGUGCCCAACCUCACUAAUGCUCUAGUGGCUGAAUGGAUUCAAGUCCCCGCAGCAACAUCAACUCUAUAUUAAUGCCAAUGAAUUUGGAAUGAGAUGGUCAAUGAGCAGGUGUCCACAUACUUUUGGUCAUGAAGUGUUUCUUUUUUAACCUUUAUUUAACUAGGUAAGUUAGUUAAGAACAAAUUCUUAUUUUCAUUGACGGCCUAGGAACAGUUGGUUAACUGCCUUGUUCAGGGGCAGAACGACAGAUUUUUACCUGAUCCUGCAACCUUUCGGUUACUAGUCCAACACUCUAACCACUAGUUUACCUACCGCCCCAGUGUAUGUGUUUUUGAGUGUGUGUGUCCAGUGUGUCCAGUUUUGCAAGAAAGGGAAUUUAUUGCAUGGUUUUCAAAUCUUUGAUUUAAUCCUAUUCUUAUAUGUCUAUGCACACAACUCAAUCAGCUCUAGUCACUAUUGUAGAGAAAGAUAAUGUAUUGAUCUCUAUGGUCACUAUUGCCUGUUAGGUUUCAUUGUUAUUACUACAAAAUACUGACAUCAUUAUCCUCCAGUCCCACCCUAACAAGACACACAAGUUACUGAAUGUUGUGUAAAUUGGCAGUUCAUUGUCCUAUCAUUCAAACUACUAAACAGAGGUUAAAACACGGUCACACUCAUGUAAAGUAAUCCCAGAAGGAACUGUGUUCAAAACUGUUUAAGUUGCUUUCCAUGCAUGCUCUUAUGAAUUAUGAACAAAAUCAUGUUGCUCUGCUCUACACAAAACAAAACACGUCAACUUCAGUCUCCACAGUACAACUUUGUCUUUGACAAAGUCAAAACAAAUGAUGUUUUCUUUCAAUAUUUCACACAUGAAGCUACUGUAAAGAUUUUGCUGCACUACUGGGACUGACUCAUCAUCCAUUCAAUACCUACCUAGACAUGAUGUCGAGUUGACAUGCACAUUGUAAAUAGCUUCACCUUUGAGAUUUAAAAUGACUUUUAUUUUUGUGUUAAAUUCAGUAAAUGUCCAAUGAUUCAUAUUUAUUGUCUAGCCAGAAUUGUAUAUUUAAAUCCAGACAUCUGGGGGCUUUGCGCUGUUUCACGAAGGACAAUAAAAUGCAUUUUUUUUUUGAUAAAACAAGUAAAUACACAAUUAAGAUCUCUGGCUAACUUCGUAGCUGCAAGGCAGCAAGUAUGUAUUUGUGGCAAGUUGUUAUUUUUCAGUGUUUUUCAAAAACAAGAAUUACCUAAUAAAAGAUCAUUCUUAAA